AUGGCGGAGUUACCUGAAUGGAACCGAUUCAAAAAGUUGAAGCGUUCGUUUCUGCCGCCAAAGAAACUCAUCGGCAAUCAUGACGAAGCAUUUCUCAGCAUUCGCCAGACGGAGCUCCAAGACUACCUGCGAACGGUCUUUAAGCUGGACGCCAUUUUGCAAAAGAAGAAGAACCUGAACUCGAUGCCCCUUGCUUUGGCAACUUUUCUCGACUUCAAUUUGUAUGAGGUGCAUGGCAUCGUCCACGAUUUGGCUCUCACCAUCAGCAACGAAGUAGAGCAUUUUACUGAUGAAGGUGUCGAGCCUUUUGUACUGUCAACACUGCAGCUGUACGCCCUGACUGAGCGAAUGCGACUUCCUGAACCAACACAUGAGCCGUCGUCAGACCUGAUGCUGGACAUCGGAAACGUUAUCGAAUUUCUGUCAUGCCUUAAGAGGCUGAAAGUAAGUAAAAUAGCCAUUAUGGCUAUUGCUGCCGUUUGUUUGAAGACUCGAUCUAUCGGUAAUUUGCAGGUGACGGGCGGAAAAUGCGCUGGCAAGAGUAACAUUCCACUGAACUCGUUGAACUUUAGUUUGCGAGUUUUGGAUCUGACCUGCAACUGUCUCAGGGAUAUCGACAAUCUACAGCACUUACCUUACUUGACCGAGCUGAACCUGUCGAACAACAGAAUUGAAAAGAUCGAGCAUUGGAAUAAAAAAUUGGGCAACGUCAAGAAGCUAAGGCUGACCAACAACAAGAUCCACAGUCUUAAAGGACUCUCGAAACUGUAUUCCCUAGAGUACUUGGACGUACGAGACAACAAUCUAAGUCAUAUAAAACAGGUGUGGCCGGUCGGCAACUUGCCUUGCUUGCAGGUGCUGUUGCUCAGCGGUAAUUGCGUGGAAAACAGCAUCGAUUACCGCACACGCAUUUUGGAGGCUUUUGGCGAAAGGGCAUCUGAAGUGAGGGUCAAUAACGACGCAGCUACCCAGCGUGAACUGGACACGGUCACCAUUCGAUUGGCGAUCAGGAAAGCGAAAGAGGACAGGCGCCUACAACUGCUUAACGCCACCAAGCAGAUCAGCCAGGCGGUCAGCUUGGCAGAGGCCGAAGUGUUGAAGAGUUUCGACAUGAUCACCGGCAUUCCCAAUCCAAGCCAAGCCAUGAACUCGGCUCGCCUUCAGGGCAAAACCUCUAACCUGGCCCACAGUAGGUUCGCCGACUUGAAACACGAGAUCAACGUGAUUCUAGAUCUGGUUCAACAGUGGUCUUAG